AUGGAAGAAAAAACUAUGGAAAUAACAAAGCUGAAAAUCGAAUUAAAUGCAUAGAAGCACUUAAAGUAGAUAAGAUUUAAAACAUUUGAAAACAUUAGAGAAUUGCGAGCCAAAUUAGAAUACGAUGAUUUAAUAAAAGAAUUUGAUGAGCAAUGCAAUAUUGUUGAUGAACAAUAAAUAGACGAAUAGUUAGAUUAAAACGCAAAGGAAGAGCAAGCACAUUAUGCCUAAGUCUAUGAAAAAUCAAUGUUGGCCAACUUAGAUAAUAUCAAUUUUGAUGAGGUUCCAACCCUCGAAGAAGAGUAUGUUUCAUGA